CCUACUGCCAAUGGGCGACAUUUGGGUUUGGUCCGCAAUAUCUGGCUCCGCUUUUCGACACCGCCUCACGUCGUUUUUCAUAAUAACAAUAAAAAAGGUAAUAAAUCGGUGAUUUUUUUUUUUCGGUAUCCGUCGAUUGAUAAUAAAAUAAUAAUAUUAUUAUUAUUAUCGUCCGUUGUUUGUUAUUUUUGUUGUAUAAUAAUAUCUAAUACGUUUUCCACGAUCAUCGUUUAAUUAUUAUUAUCGAAUUUCUGGUGUGUGUCUGUGUGUGUGUGUGUGUGUACGUGCAGUGUGCGUGUGCGUCGCAUUAUAUGUGUUUACACGGUGCAAUGGCAAUGUUGAGGCAAUCGCCGCGCACCAAUCGAUAUUAGACUGAAAAGAAAAAUAUUAUAUUAUAUUAUAGAUUUUUUUUUUUUAUAAUAUAUUAUAUUAUAUUAUUAUCGUUGAACGCAAUGGACUCGAACGAACAUCAGCAAAAUACCGAAAUCAAAGAAUCGAUGAGCGACAGCAGCGACGACGGCAACUCGCCGUGCAAGAGUCCCAAGGAACAACAGCAGGAUCAACAUCAGACUAUUGUCCAAGUGCACGGUGGCCAACCCCAAAUUAUCACUCUGGCGAAUCUACAAAAUUUGUUACCUCUCCAACAAGUACAACAAUUGACACAGACACAACAAAACCAGGGAAUAAAAACAAUCACGUCAAACGGAACGACCAUCCAACCUAUUUUCUCGGUUCAAGGGUUACCCGGCCAGUUUGUUCAACAACAAAAUAAUCAAACUAUUACAGUCGAUGGCCAAGAAGCGCUGUUUAUUCCAGGCGGUUCAAACCAUGGCCAAGGGGCACCGACUAUAUUUACACCUACCGGCCAGAUUGUCCGACCACUCCAAACUAUACAAUUGCAAUCGGGUCAAAACAUAUCCGUGCGACAAUCCAACAUGCCACAAGUCGUACAGCUUCCUCAGGUCCAACAAACUAUAUCCGUACAAGUACCGAUAUCGUCGAACGGGCAAACUAUUUAUCAGACCAUGCAUUUGCCUCUCCAGUCAUUUGCGUCGUCCAUACCAAACAUUAUACAAGGCAACCAGGGCCAAUUGAUGCAAAUUCCGCAGUUGACACAAAUGACUCAGUCUCCGCAAAUGGCACAAAUUGUUACCGGAAACGGUCAAAUACAAACGGUGCAGUUGGCAUCACCGAUUGGCAACGGACAACAAAUACAGAUUGUCAACACGACGUCCAAUGCUCCUAAUAACCAGUAUCAGAAUGCCAGUUCUCCCGCUAGUUCGCCAAACAUCAUACAUGCGAAUUCAUCGCCAAAUUCAUCGGGGAGUAGUAACGAGAGUGGCUCGCAGCAACAACCAGUUACAAUUCAAACACAAUCUGGACAAACGCUACAACUCAUACCUCAGCAGUUAAUCGGAAACAACCAUCAACAACUUACGGUGAUACCUGCAAAUAAUAUUCCUCAAUUUUUACAAAAUAACAAUGGUGUUACUAUAAGAGGAAACAAUGUCGUUCAGAUGCCAGCAGCUCAAAACACAAACCAACCGCAGACCGUAAAUAUACCCGGGAUCGGAACGGUUCAAAUCAUAACUUCCCUCGGAGCACAGCAAAAUACCACAAACGCAACGCAAACGUUACCACCCGGCUUGCAAAAUAUACAAGUUAUUAAUGCCUCUUCUGGACAGCCGAUAGAAAAUUUAGACCAGAAGUGGCAAAUAAUUCCUAUCUCAGGAACAGUGUUCCAAGACGGGAGCGCGAGUACGGAGUACGAUUCUCCGGGUGAAGAAAAGCCACGGACAAGAAGAGUUGCCUGUACUUGUCCAAACUGUUGCGACGGCGAGAAACGUAAUGGCGCCGGCAAAAGAGUACAUAUUUGUCAUGUACCCGGUUGUAACAAAAUGUACGGUAAGACGUCUCACUUGCGAGCCCAUUUGAGAUGGCACACCGGCGAAAGACCAUUUGUUUGUAAUUGGCAACACUGUGGCAAACGAUUCACUCGAUCUGACGAACUACAGAGACACAACAGAACGCAUACAGGAGAAAAGAGAUUCCAGUGCACAGAGUGUCCCAAACGGUUUAUGCGUAGUGACCAUUUGCAAAAGCACGUGAGAACUCAUCAGAAACAAAAAUUACUGGAGAGUAACAACGGAGUCAUCUCGAAACAAGAUUCAGAGGUCGACGACGAUAUGGAUCAAAAAGAACAACACAUGGAUAGUAUUAUUUUAGAUCCAGAGGACGAAGACAGUUCGUCGUCUUGUGAAAAUAAAAUGAUUAUUUUGCACGAUGAAACCGUGUAAUCGGUUGUACGCCAACGUGUGUGUGUGUACAACGCAAAACGGUUGUCGACAAGAAUCGACGUUGCUUUAAUUAUUUUGUUUGCGUUGCAUUUACUCUGUUAUAACUUUUAUUGUUUUAUAAUUUUACUGUAUUAUUGUAGUGCCUCUUUUUUUUUUAAUCAUUAUUAUGUUUUAUUUUAAGACAUAUUAUGUGUAAUAUGGAUGUAUGUGUGUGUGUGUGUAUAUAUAUAUAUAAUUGUAUUUCAUGUAUAAAUUAUUUUUAAAUUUUUGUACUCCAUUACAAAUAUUGUUACCCUUCUUAGCCUAAUAUUUGUGCCUAUGUUAUACACUAAUCAUUGUUACUUCCUUGUGUAUAGUUAUAAUAAUAUAUUUUCUAUAAUGUUUUACAUUUCGACAAUUAUGUGUACUGUUUUUA